ACCCACUCUUGCCCUCCCAACCUCCUGGGGAAUUAGGACUAGGCGCUUUCACUGCGGUGGCCCAGGGUUCAAUCAUUGGUUGGGGAGCUAAGAUCACACAAGCCUGGUGGCACCACCAAAAAAAUUAAUUAAAAAAACUAACCUCCUGGAUUUAUGUUUGGAAUGAGAGCAAAGUAUUAUUUUCCGCCUUUUUAGUUUUUAGCAUUAAUUUGGUGUCUUGUAUAUGCCACAUCCUGUUCUGAAUAUUUAUUAAUUUAGUGAUUCCUUUCAAAGACCCUAUGAGGUUGAUACUAUUAAUAUUCUCCCAUUUAACAAAUGGGCAAAUUGAAGUGAAGACACUGACCCAAGAUCAAACAGCCAAGAAAUGUCAGAGGAAGGAAUUCAACCCAGAGCUUCUGGCUCUGGAAGUCAGUGAUCUAAAGCACUACAUAUACAAUACAAUGUACAUAGUAGAGCCAUGCAGUGGGCAAGCAAUAAAUUUAGGUCUUUUCACAGCUCCUGGGAGUACCAAGAGUACCCAGUUCCUCCCUGCUUUCACUUUUUUCAUUGCCCAUCUGUUCUGGGCCACUCCUUUUAGCCUUGCCCUGCCCAACCCUCCUGGCCUCACCCUCCCUCUGCUAACAAAGGUCCAGUCAGGUUUUAUGGACUCUGAUAAGGGCCAAAGUUCACCAGCACUUCCUCUUUGCAAAAGAGGCUAGAGGGGCUCUGACCUGAGUCGUGCCAGGUGUGGCCCCAGUGAUCUGGAUGCUGGUUGGUCACUAGUGAGGCUGGUAAGAGAAGGGAGCCUGGGAUGCGCAGAAGAGGGGCCCCACGGACCCUGCCCUGCCAACCACACCCUUAUCCUCAGGUAUAAGAGCCACCCACCACCUGCUAGCUGCCACCAUUCACAACUCCUGCAGCUUUUCUCACAGAAGUCACCAGCCCAGCCACUCAAGAUGGCCUUUAUCCCUGCACCAGGCUACCAGCCCACCUACAACCCGGUGAGAUACCCUAACCCCGGGCUUAGGUCUACCCGGAUCUCCACGCACCAAUUUAUCCUCAUCCUGAGCCUCAGAGGCACCCAUCUGUGACCCUCAGUUCUGAUUUACCCAACACUGACCCUGGAGCCUGAUUUACUCCCACUCUGACUCUCAGGCUAUUUGCUUCCAUCUGUAACUCAACUCUCUUCAUCUCACUGAUCCCUUAUGCUUUGGUUUCCUCUCUCUUGCUUAAUGGAGUGGGGCUGAAGGGGCUUCUGAAUAAAUGGUAAGGGCUGCAAUAGGCAGAUGGCCUUUGAGGCCCCUCAUCCAACCCCAUCUGCAGACGCUGCCCUACCGCAACCCCAUCCCAGGAGGUCUCAGAGUUGGAAUGUCCAUUUACAUCCAAGGAGUGGCUAGUGAGCACAUGAAGAGGUUCUUCGUGAACUUCGAGGUGGGGCAGGGCCAAGGGGCAGACGUCGCCUUCCACUUCAAUCCCCGCUUUGAUGGCUGGGAUAAGGUGGUCUUCAACUCGAAGCAGAACGGCUCCUGGGGCAACGAGGAGAGGAAAACGAGCAUGCCCUUCCGCAAGGGCGCGGCCUUCGAGCUGGUGUUCAUGGUCAUGACAGAGCACUUCAAGGUGGUGGUGAAUGGGACUCCUUUCCAUGAGUUUAAGCACCGGAUCCCACUGCAGAUGGUCACCCACCUGCAUGUGGAUGGCGACUUGAUGCUUCAAUCAAUUAACUUCAUUGGAGGCCAGCCCCCCUCAAACCAGAUGCCCAUGCCUGCUCAGGCGCACUCAAGUCCCGGACAGUACUAUCAACAACAAAGUAGACUGCCUACCAUGGAGGGACCCCCAGCCUUCAACCCGCCUGUGCCAUUUAAUGGGAGACUGCAGGGGGGGCUCAUAGCUCGAAGAACCAUCAUUAUCAAGGGCUACAUACCCCCCACAGCCAAGAGCUUUGUCAUCAACUUCAAGGUGGGAUCCUCGGGGGACGUGGCUCUGCACAUUAACCCCCGCAUGACCGAGGGUGCGGUGGUUCGGAACAGCUUUGUGAAUGGCUCCUGGGGAUCUGAGGAGAGGAAGGUCUCCUACAACCCGUUUGGUCCUGGACAGUUCUUUGAUCUGUCCAUUCGUUGUGGUGCAGAUCGCUUCAAGGUGUAUGCCAAUGGCCAGCACCUCUUCGACUUCUCCCAUCGCCUCUCAGCCUUCCAGAGGGUAGACUUGGUGGAGAUCCACGGUGAUGUCACCUUGUCCUAUGUCCAGAUCUGAUCUAUUCCUGGGGCCAUAACCCUUGGGAACACAGGGGAAGAUCCUGUAGGACCCUUUCUAAGCCCCUAAUAAAAUGUCUGAGGGUGUCUCA